AUUACAAUAUGGAAUGAAAGUGGCAGCAAUUUGAUCUUAGAUAUUGAAUUUUGUUGUUCAAAUUUACCAACAACGUUGAAUUCAAGUGAAUGUUAUGAGUUGCAAUAGCACAUCUGAUCAUUCUUUCUUCGGAUACUGGGAGAUCAUCGAAUCACUUGAUUCGAGUCUCUCAGAAAAUCUUGGCUUAAAUGGCAUAAAAUUUCUGCUCGAUGAGUCUGGCGACAUCAUAUGGUUCAAUGAUUUAUUUUCGAUUCAAGUUGUGUCUGUAAAUGAUGAUCAACAAUCUUCACCCACAAUUUGGUUGUCAAAAUCAAUGGCGGAUGAUGAGAAGUCAAAAUACAGCACGGGAAAUGAAUCAGCUGACAUUUUCUUCAGUUGUGAGACAUUUGAAGUCAUUAACAUUGAUGGAGAUCAAAUUUCAAAUGGACCUGGAUUACUCUUUCGUUCUUUCACUGGUCAUCACAUUGAGUUUAGAACUGGAAGCUUAAAUCCUAUGGAACAUAUGACAUUGAAUUGCGAUGGAUGGUGCACAUUAACAUGUAAACGUAUUAAAAAAGAUCAAUCGAUUGGACAGUCAAUUCAAUACACGCUUUUGUCAGCAUUUGAUGAAAAAUUCUUCAGCGACAUUACAAUCAAAAGCUGUGAUGGAUUUUCAUUUGAAGUUCAUUCACCGAUUCUUCGCCUCAAUGGCUUUGAUUGCAGUAGUUUGAAUCAAAGUCCCAUGUCAUCAACAACAAUUGCUACAGCUCAACCCACACAACCACUUUCGAAUUUCCUCUCACCACCAACAAUUCAUCUCAGUACAUUCAACUUCUCGCCAAAUUUUGUCAAUCAUAUUUCCAACUCGUUUAAUUGCUUGACAACGUCACGUGAAUCGAUUUACCAUCUAACAGCACCUUUGAGUAACUCAAAGAAUGGUCAAAUAUCUUCAUCCGAUUCUCAUCUAAAUAAUCUUCAAGACAACUCAAAGGAAAAUGUUUUUAAUUUUCCUACAAUUCAAACGACGCCAACACAAACACAGCAGCAGCAACAACAACAGCAACAUCAACAAUCGAUAAGCAAAAAGAAUGAAACAAAACAUAAACUUCGUUUAUCGUCAUCGCAAAUAAUAUUCAGAAAUCCUUUAUCGCCCUUUCGAGUUCGUAGUAGUCCAUUGCCAUUCUUGAAUUUAUCAUUGGACACGCCAUCGUCGCCUCUUACAUCCGUUUCUGUGCUUUUCAAUUUGACAAAGGAUGCGCUACUUCCAGUUCUCCAUUGGCUUUAUAGUGAGUCAUUGCCACAGCAUUUAAACGAAAGUCAACUUGAAGAUUUGUUGAAAAUUUGCGCUACAAUUCCUCCGCUUAAUAAAAUAAUUGGACCGUGUAAGAAAUAUUUGCGGCUCAUUAAGCUAAAGAAAGUUAUCAUUGACAUCUUUAUGGAGAUUCAUGACUGUUUGAAUCGAAUGAUUAAUAUGUCAAAUCCGUAUAAUGUCGCUCGAUGCCCAACUUCACUCUGUGAAAUUUUCAAAUAUUGCUUGUGUGAGAUUUCACUUGGAUUCACACUUUUCCUUCAACUUUCACAAAUCUUCUCUAAGGACACAUUUUUGAAUCGUUUUCAACGAAAUGAAAUAAUUAAGUUUAUUAAGUCAAGAGUUCCAAUCUUCAUUUCUCAACUUCAUCAACUAUCGACGAAUGUUUUAAUGAUAAUGAAGUCACUUCAACAAGAAGAAAAAGAUGAUUUGGUUAUUUAUUUGGUACCUGAGAUAAUUUUAGCGUUAGAUGUCACGACUGAACUGCUUGGGAAUUUAAGAAAAUCUCUCGAAGCGAUUUGCAAGAACAUUAAAGGAGAACAUGAAAUUGGCGAAGGAAAAAUUGUAGACAAGAGUGCAGUUGAUAAAGAUUUAAAAUUCUUUCUCCAUGUUUGUGAAGUCAAGAAGUUGCACGAUAUUUAUGGAAAAGUCGAUUCCAUUCUAGAAAUUAUUCAACAUAAACAAUUAACUUUCAAAAGUAUGAAUUUAGCAGAGAAACAAAGCUGCAUAAGCAUUAACAUGGAUCACGUACUGAUAGAGAUUCCAAUUAUUAUUGAACGACUUGAAGAUUUAUCGAAAAAUAUGGACGACAAAUUUGGAUGGAAAGAAUUUAAAUUUUGUUUCAAGUUUGCAACAAGUCAAAUUAAUGGAAUCCUCAGCAAGCUUCUAGAGCACAAAGCCACCAUGGUUUAUUCAAUUCUGGAGCUAUGUCAGCUGGUUAACAAAAGCGCCUUCACCAACAAACUCGUACAACUCGGAUUGUUGGAACGCCAUGUUGCCGCCAAACAUUUUGAUGGAAGUGAUAAUGAUAACUUAGAUAGCGAACAAAAGUUGAUUAAGGACUACAAUAGCUAUAAGAUAAAUCUGUUUAGUGGAUUAUGCGAAUCACCAAAUGCCAUCAACUCAAACUUGUCAAAAAAUGCUCUUAAACUUCUGCACUCAGGCCAUCUUUCCGAUAUGGAAUUUGAAGUCAUAACAACAUCGACAGUUUCAGAUAAUUCAGUGUCAUUGACAUCAACGCCUGUCGCUAUUAUCGCACCUUCAGGGCAUGAUAAUUAUGAUUACAAUGAUGGAACAGCAAAGAAGGAAUAUCAUAUUUUCAAAGCCCAUAGGGUGAUUGUGGCAGCUCGAUGUGAAUAUUUGCGGAAGGCAUUGUUGUCGGGAAUGCAGGAAGAUAUCAAUAGAAAAAUAACAAUUUAUGAUACAUCACCUGUGAUAUUUCGACGAUUUUUACUGUAUUUAUAUGGAGCACCGGUGGAUAAGAAUGUCGGGUUGGAGUCAAUUUGUGAGCUGAUGUUGCUAGCCGAUCGAUAUUCUGUUGACAGCUUAAAGGAAGUUUGUGAGCAAACGUUGAUGUCGAUGAUUGACAGUGAAAGCGUAAUUUGCAUGCUUGGCAUCUCAGAUCGUUUUAAUGCAAAUACAUUGAAAGCAAGCUGCUUAUCUUUCCUUUCACAGCACAUUGAACUUACAGCUUCCGAAAUAUUUCGUGAGUUGUCACAAGACCUUCAAGCAGAAGUCUUUGAACUCAUUCAAUGGCGUAAGCGAUGCACAACUGACACAUGGAGCCAUUUGUCAUCAAGAUAUGACGACCCGUUAAGAUCAAGACAUUCACUUAAGUCACCAUCACGACCAUCAAAGUCUCGUAGUCGUAAAUCGUCGCCUAGCUAUCACCAUAAAUAACUCGAAAUUCUAAAUUCUAUAAAAGAAAUUUCAGUCUGGUCAUAAAGAUAGAAAAUGAAGUCGCUCACUACUUUUCAUUGAAGACUUUUGGAUCGCGAUACAAUGACAUGUUCCAUUAAAAAUUUCUUAAUUUUAAAAUCGAUAUUUUUCAUUCAGUUGUCGUUUGAAAAUUUGACAUGAAACUUUUUCCCAUUUAUCUAAUAUUUAUUGAUAUAAAAACUUUUCCACGAACAAAUGAAAAUUCGUCGUGAAAAUCAGACAAUCAUAAAUUGAAUAUAAAUUGCUUCUGAGAUGAACCAAACCAACGAAGAAACGACAAAAUUAAUUCAAGAAAUUUCUCUCGUCAUCCAUCCGAUAAUUUUUCGACCCUUUUCAAAAAAUAUUUCGAUUUAUUGGUUAUUCGAUGUCUUGAAUGUUGAUUAUAGUGAAAGAAGAAAAAAAUCUUUGAAUGAUCUUUGUAAGUAAAAAUAUGUUUGUUCUUGUGACUUCGAUUUGACCGACGUUUAAUGUUAUAUUUAUUCAAAAGAUUUUCCCCCGAAUGGAAAGGAACAUAAAAGAGAUAAAUCAAUGUUUAAGUGAAAGGAAAGUUUUUAAAUUAAGCUCAAGUCUUUGUAAGAAUCUUUAAUGUGAAUCUUCUCUUUCAAACCAACCAAUAUUUAAAGCUACAAAAUGAAAUGUAAAGACAACAUCUCGUUGGACGCAUUCAAACAUUGUUAGUUAAGAUGAAAAAGAAAAAUUGAAACACGAAAGACAUGAAAAUAAAUAUUUAUUUCAAUUGCAAAUAAAGCAAAUACUUUUGAAAAUUGAACAUUUUCCUUUUUCAUUUCUUCUUUCAGUUCUUUUCAAUUUACAUGAAAAUCAAAAAACAAG